GAGAUGACGGUUAAUAGUGCGUCUCACUCGACUCUAAAUUCCUGUUUAUUUGUUUUGUGUUUUGUGUGCGGCAAACUCAUUUAGAAUUUAAGUAAAAAAGAAUUGUCGUAAAAUGGGACAAUGGCGACGGCAAGCAGAGCUCGCCACUGGACUGCUACUGUUUACUGCAGCACUUGCAGCGGCAGCGUUGCAGCCGGCAUCAAAGCCACUGACCGACACUGUUUACUUGGCCGAAGGAACCUCGAUCGACAUCACUGCCAAUGGAUUUGGACACAAUGUGCUGCGCACGUAUUGUUAUCCUGGGAAAGGACACUCAGUCUUCAGCCUUUUUGAGACGGUGGAAUUUGCCCUGUCGAUUGCCAACGAUGAUUAUACUGAAUAUGGCGGCAAGACGCCCGGCGAAGUGCUCGAACACUACAAGGAGCAACGUUCGCUGUUCAGCUUUACGCUCUUCUCGCAGAAGCGUCAACGCAUUCAACUCUCGCCCUUUGAACAGCAAUGCAUUGGCGUCUCCUCGCGUCAACCGUAUAACGUGAGCCUCAAACAUUCCCAACUCGAUUUGUGGCGUCUGCUACAAUUUGGUGUGGGCAUCUUGAUCUUCUGGAGCGCUGCUCGUCUGGCCAAGAACAGUGUGUUCUACUACUUGGCUGGCAUUGUGUUGGGCAUUUGCGCCUCGUUGCUCGUACUGAUAGCUAUUGCCUCGAAGCUAGUGCCCCGUCGUCCCAUGAUGUAUGGCGUCCUAAUUGGCGGCUGGACAAUUGGAUUGUUUGUGCUCAAGCAGCUGGCGGACAAUAUACGCGUCAUCCUGCUGACGUAUCGCGAGUAUGUUAUGUGGUAUUUGGCCAUCACGGGACUGGCGUCGUUCCUCUUCUGCUAUCGCAUUGGUCCACCGAAGAAUCCGCGAUCCCAGCACAUCAUCAGCUGGGUGCUCCAGGCCAUUGGAGGCGCCUUGGUCUAUUUCAGUAGCUGGCACACAAGCGCCUGUGUUGUGCUCAUGGUUGGCGUGUUUGUGGCACGCUAUUUUCCCGACUCGUUGCUGCAGUAUGGUCAGCGAUUGUACAAACGUCGUUUUCCGCCCAAACGUCGUCUGCUCACCCAGGAGGAAUACUAUCAGCAGACGGUGAACGAGACCGCUCGAUCGUUGGCCGAGUUGCGUGACUUUGUCACGAGUCCCUAUUGCAAGCAGUGGAAGACGAUGUGCAGUCUGCGGGAUCCGAUGAGAUUUGCAUCGUUUGCGAAUGGAGCGCCCCAUCUGUAUGACGAGGAGAUUGAGGAUUAUUCGCGCACCAUUGAGGAGUCCAUGGAGGGUGCCGACGAGGAGGAGGCCGAGGAUUAUCUACAGUGCAACAUGUACUAUCGUCCAUCGGCCAGGCGCAAUCAUCAACGUCAGACACUGUCGUCGCCAAGCUAUUAUCAGCCAGCUCGUCAUUUGCCAGUCGCGGCGCGUCAGCAGCUGGAGCGUAAUGCACCGCAGCGGACAGAGCCUGACGAUGAUGAUGAGGAGGAGGAUGGCGACGAGGAUGAAUAUAAUUAAGACUUUUUUUUGCCACAAAUUUAAGACUCAUUUAGUGGAUAAGCUAAUGAUGCAAAUGACUAUUCAUUAACAUAAAAAAAAACUCUUCGGGCGUUUUUUUGUUCUUUUUCUGUUUUGUGUCCUAGUCCAAGCCAAAAAUGAUCGAUCGUACUUAAGACUAUAUUCUAGCUCGUAAGUUUCUUCAGGUUUACAAAAAAAUAAACUUAAUGUUCUGGUCUCCGUUUUCGACUCAUUUGUAAAAAGCAACAA